AACGCCAUUAACACAGAAAGGAGAAGAAAAAGGAAGGCCAAAUCUAUACACGAGUAUUUAGCUUCUGCUGCCCACCCGCCUUUCCUUAUUUCGUUUGCAGUGGUCAAACAAAACAGAGUGAUUGCUCUUCGUUUGCGGGAUCUUCUGCUUUGUCUUCUUGCCAUUUUUCUUCUGCUGAAGAAAGGAAGGCGGGAAGGAAGUGUGAAGAGGGCGAGCGAAGAAGACGAUUGGGUAGGAAGAAAUUGAUUACUCUGUAUACUGGGUUUUGCUCUGAGAACUUAAGCAGCGAAUUCCUUCCUGGGUUGAGUUUCUUGGGGGACUUCCGAAGAAGGACAGAGAUAAAGAAACGAUUUCUGUUUGUGGGUUUUACUUUUUGAAGGGGGGAUCAAAGAUAUGAUGGCUGAAAUGGAGAAUCGUUCCACAACUGGGUUCUACGACGUUUUGGCUUCAAGAAAAGCCGAGGAAGCUGUUUGGAGGCGUUACCAAGCCACUGAAUGGCUGGAUAGCGUCGUGGGUCCACUGGGUAUAUCGAACAAACCCUCGGAGAAAGAAUUCAUUUCUCGCUUGAGAAAUGGAUUGAUUCUUUGCAAUGCCAUUAACAAAGUUCAUCCUGGAGCAAUAACUAAGGUUGUGGAGAAUAAUGUGCCUAUCCAAUCUAUAACUCGAGAAUCCCAGCCAUUGCCAGCAUAUCAGUACUUCGAGAACGUAAGGAACUUCCUGGUAGCUAUGGAAGAAUUGAAACUCCCAGCCUUUGAAGCUUCCGAUCUAGAAAGGGAUGCAUUGGAAGCAGGAUCAGUUGCUAAGGUGGUUGAUUGUGUAUUAGCCCUAAAGUCUUACCAUGAGCACAAGAAUAUGAAUGGUGGAAAUGGGAGUUUCAAGCCUACAAGAUCACCUAUGGUGGGUCACAACGCGACCAGGAGCAAUCUCCGCGGGCUCCCAUCAGAUUCUUGUCGGCGGUUGGAGAUGGAUUUAGCAGCCGAAGCACAUCCAUCUGGGAAUACUGAAGCUCAGAAACUUGAAGGUGAGCUGGUGAAGAUACUUGCCGAGUAUAUGGCUGAUACAAAGGAGAACAUGGGUGGCAAUUUUCUCGCCUCCUUCAAAGCUGGGGAUGUGGAUCCGAUGAAGUUAUUCGGUAGGAUCGUGGCAAGUUGCUUGAAGGAAAACGAACAGAAAAAGUUCCCUGAGGGUCAAACAGUGCUCAGAGACUGCUUGAAAGACAGUAGUAAUUUACCUGUCCAUUUGGAAACAACUCCCUUGGAGGACGUAUCUGAAAACAAAAACAGUAAGUGUUGUCAAACAUGCUUAAGUAAAGGAGACUGCAAUCACAGGCGUUUACUGCACAUCCAGGAAAGAGAACUCCAGGAUUUGAAGACAUUAUGGGCAACGACAAGAAAGGAGUUUGAAGCCUUGCAAUCCCAGUUGCAGAAUGACCUCACGCAAUGUGGCAUUCAGGUUCAGGAGAUGGCGAGUGCUGCUCAGGGAUAUCAGAGAGUGUUGAAAGAAAACAGAAUAUUAUACAACAUGGUCCAGGAUUUGAAAGGAAAUAUCCGAGUUUACUGUAGAGUAAGGCCUUCGUUCACUUCUGGAUCAAGCAAUGCAGUAGAAUUUGUUGGAGAAGAUGGUUCGUUGGUGAUUGUUGAUCCAUCAAAACCCACAAAGGAUGGAAGGAGGCAAUUUCAGUUCAAUCAGGUGUUUGGUCCUACUGCCACUCAAGAAGAGGUCUUUGAUCAUGUCCAACCACUAAUCAGAUCAGUGAUGGAUGGCUACAAUGUAUGCAUUUUCGCUUAUGGCCAAACUGGCUCUGGGAAAACCUAUACAAUGAGUGGACCAUCAGGUGGAUCAGCGAAGGAUCUUGGAAUAAAUUACCUGGCCCUUAAUGAUCUUUUCCAGAUGUCUGAUAGAAGGAAGGACGUCAUAAAUUAUGUUAUAAGAGUUCAGAUGGUGGAGAUAUACAACGAACAAAUACGCGACCUUCUGGCUGAAGAUUCAUCAACCACCAAGUUAGAGAUUCGGAGUUGUGCUGGGGAUGAUGGUCUAACUCUUCCAGAUGCUAUAAUGCUCCCCGUUACAUCCCCUUCUGAUGUUCUCAGACUGAUGAAACUUGGUGAUUUAAAUCGUGUUGUCAGUUCUACUGCAAUGAAUAACAGAAGCAGUCGUUCUCACAGUGUGCUGACAGUUCAUGUACAUGGUGAAGACGAGUCUGGAGGCAAGCUCAGGGGAUGCUUGCAUUUGGUGGACUUAGCAGGAAGUGAAAGAGUGGACAAGUCAGAAGUCACUGGGGAUAGGCUGAAGGAGGCACAAUACAUCAAUAAGUCACUUUCAUGUCUGGGAGACGUGGUCACGGCACUGGCACAGAAGAAUACUCAUAUUCCUUACAGAAACAGUAAACUCACACUUCUGCUGCAAGAUUCUUUAGGUGGGCAUGCUAAAACACUAAUGUUUGCUCAUGUGAGCCCAGAAGAAGACUCUGUACUAGAGACUGUCAGCACUUUGAAGUUUGCUCAACGAGUGUCAACGGUCGAACUUGGCGCUGCUAAGGCAAAUAAGGAGAGCAGUGAAAUUAUGCAGCUCAAGGAACAGGUUGAGAACCUUAAAAGGGCACUGGCUAAUAAACAAUCACAAGAUCAGCAGCUGAACAGAAUGAAGGAUCCGAGAUCUCCAUUAGGGAAGCCAAUGACUGAUAGAACGCCACCACGCACAAGGAGGCUCAGUAUUGAGAAUGGCAGCAACACGAAGCUGAUGAAGACUGGAAAACAUGAAGUUUCAAAAACACCUGCACUGCCUACUCGUUCGAGAAGGCUAAGCCUGGAAGCUCCAACGUAUUACAAAAGGGAUAAUGAUGACACGAUAAGGAAGCCUUUGAAGUUUGAGCCGGCAAUGGUGACACCACAGAAGUACAACAAUCAGCAACAGGAUGUGGAAGCUAUGAUGUCAUCAACGCCUUUUGGGUAUUCUGCUACUACUACAACUACCACCAGCAGUUCCACAGUGAAGAUUUAUCAACAUCGCAACCCUUCUAGGAGUCCUACUAGCUCUUCGUUUCAAAGGCAGACGGUGAAGAUAGAUAGCAGGACACAAGUUCCUCAUAUUCAGCUGCCAUUGGCAACAGCAGAACACCAAGUGCUUGCUAGAAAUGAGGUCCAGAUUGUGAUGCAAAGUGAAGUUCCCAUUUCUACUAAGACUACAACUACUACUACGGCCAGUAGUGUAAAUGGGAAAGGAUCCCAGAUCAGGAAGUCGCUGCGGAGCAUUGGGAAGCUGAUUAAUGGAUCUGAAAAGAGGAAUCAACAGAAGGAACCAUCUCCAAUCCCUGAAGAAAUGAAGUCACCAAUUGGAAUUAGCAGUAGUUCAAGGGCUGCCAGGAGGCAAUCUCUAACUGGAGUUUACAAGUCGUCUCGCAGGACUUCCCUCGGUGGGAAAUCAGUUGACUCGGACGAUUCCAGGAGGAAUGCAAGGACGCCACCACCUCCAGGCUACGGAUCAGCACAGAACAAAAGAUGGGUUUAGAAGAAAGAAUUAACAAAAGGAAGAAUUAAACAUUUCUUUAACUUCAUUGGAGCUUUGACUCGAAGCCAAGUCAUGGAUAUUGACCCGACUGAAGAUGAACACAUGCUAAGAUGCAGAGAAGGUGACCAGCGAUGACAUCAUCCUGCCAUUACUGUGUAUAUAAUAUAGCAAACAGGCUGUGGUUUUGCAGGGAUAAUCAGCAGCUCUGUUUUGCUCACAUUGUAGCAAUCAAUGUUUUGGGAGAAGAAUCCUAGGUCUCUAUGCAAGAGCUCUCUGCAAAUUGGCAAGUGGGUUAUCUAAUUGGUGGUGUCAGUGGGUAGUGGAUAACAAGUCAAGAUGUAGAAUUGAAUAAUGAGGUUGAAGAGAUGGGGAUGGGACCAAGUUCAUGUGGUUUUUGGGUUUUUGUGUUUUAGGGAGUAGAGAAAUGAUGCCAUGUUGUGUCUGACAUCUUUCUCAUUGGUUUUAGGAGAUUGAGAUUCAUGCAUCACUUGGAAAUGUUUGUGAUUUUUCCAACACCUCUCAUGUCUCUCUUUGGUCUGGCAAUUUCUUUUCAGCCAAAUUUAUAGUUCAAUCAUCAUCUAUAAUA